CUCGCUCUGCUGCUGUCAGCUCUCUGUGCUCUCUUUGGCUGUUUACUACAUCAAUGGCGGUAGUCUCUUCAUUCUCAGAGUAGAGCUGAGCCGAAGAGGUUAAAGUCUGCAGAAACUAUGUGAAUAGCUGCUGUGUAUGAUGCCAAAGUCCAGCUAUCAAAGAGUGCAGUCAUUUAUUGAGCACCACGAUCAGAUCGACAGUCAGGUGAGUGGGCUGAUUGAAAAGAGGUCUCCUGUGGAUUCUUGCCAUGGAUGAAGAGAUGACGCCUUUGGACUGUCUGCUGCCCUCAGGCACGCAGAGGAUCUGUCUGAUCAUCCUGAACCAGCCUCUUGAUAAGGACUACCUACACAUCCUCUGGAGUAAAGCUCUCCUGCGGGCAUGUGCUGAUGGAGCUGCCAAUCAUCUCUAUGACAUAACUGCUGGAGCCAGAGACAGCUUCCUCCCUGACUAUAUCAGCGGGGAUUUUGAUUCCAUUACUUCGGAGGUCAAAGCUUUCUUUUCAGACAAGGGGUGCAAGCUGAUAGAAACAGCAGACCAGGAUCUCACAGACUACACAAAGUGUCUUGCCAUCAUGCUGGAGGAAAUUAAGAGGCGACAGUUACAGGUGGAUACCAUCGUGACUCUGGGCGGCCUGGCUGGGAGAUUCGACCAGAUCAUGGCGUCUGUUGAGACUCUCUACCACGCUCUGUCCAUGACACACCUCCCACUGUUGAUCAUACAGGGGAGCAGCCUGGCAUAUCUGCUCAGACCUCAGGGUAGCCACACACUGGAGGUGAACACAGGCCUGGAGGGGGGCUGGUGCAGCCUCAUCCCUGUAGGUGGACCCUGCACAACCACAACCACGGGACUCAAGUGGAACCUGAAUAACCAUGUCCUGCAGUUUGGGAAGCUAGUCAGCACCUCCAACGCCUACGAACCUGUCCCCCCUGGAAGCCCCAGGAGGCCUGUCACAGUGACGACGGACCAGCCUCUGCUCUGGAGCAUGGGGAUUCAGGACAGGGAGUGACCCAGAGGAACCCCCUCUACUCUGAGCACUGACGCUUCUCACAGCUGAGAUAGUUUAAUGAGAUGUUAGCAGGAGACCACAAAUUUCACUUUCUUCUUUUAGGAGUCUUAAAAAUCAAGAAAAUAUAUACGCCUAGUUUUUAUACAAAUGUUCAGAUCUUUGCCAAAGACAGUUCUUUUACGUCUUUCAAAACUUGAAUGAUCUGCUGCACUUGAACUACAGAUAAAUCUGUUUGUCAGUCUGCACCUGAUGAUGCCACACUCCAAGCUGCAGAUUAUGCAAAUAUCCUUUUCCCUUAAGGUGAACACAUUUUUGAUUUUAAGUUACUUUUAGUUUCUAAAGAAGUCAUGCUGCAGAGAAAUCCAGAGUGAACCUUCCUUUAAGUGGAUCACAGCCUUGAAUAUGUGCCUUCAGCAUCAGUGCUCUUGUCUCACUGACCUCUUAAAGCACCCUGUUAAGUAUAUUUAGAAAUACAACACACAAAAUGUAAAUGAUUGUGCCUUUGAUGAGUUUAUUAUCAAACUACCGAACGUGAGAAGACGGUGAAAUCCAAAACCAGCUGUAGAGAUGGAUUGUGUUUGAAUUAAAAGGACAAACAGAUUGUGGGUUUCUUUUUGUAUUUGUAUUUUUAUUUACACUGAGAAAUACAAAUGUUGUGCACAGAAUGUAAAAAUGUCACCCCGUCAGUCCCCAAUCACACCAGCCCAAUAACACUUUGCGUCGUUGUCUCCACAUCCCAGAAUUUGAAGUUCGGUCUUUGUUCAGCAUGAUUUAACCUCCACUGGAAGAAAAAGAAGAGAGACGUGAAAAGAUUAGACGGAUCCAAAAUCAUUCCUUUCAGUCUGAAUAAUCAAUAAGUCAGAAAGACACUCCUAGAAAUACAAAGGUUGAGUGUAUCAGCAUCACUGCAUGAUACUUUGCACUGUUCAAAAAUCGUAUUCCAACACACCACAGACAAUCCAGCUCCUGCACUGAUACACUCUGUACAUUCUGACAGCUGAGUGAUGAUACUUCAAAGUUAUUAAACUGUGCACGAAAAUAAACUCAUGAAUGAAACCGC